AUGGAUGGCUGGGUCCUUGGAUGGAGUCGAAGGGGACCAGGUGGGUGCCGAUGUAGCUUCAGCUCUGUGUACCUGACACUUUCGAGGGGGUGCACAAUAUCCCACGAGAGGAGUGUGGGUAUAUGUACUAUAGUGGAGUACCCUGUCUCCCGAGAGGGGAAACCGGUGAGGAAGGGUGUGGUUUGGCAGGUAGGUACUUCUGGAAAAUACUUCUGUCUCUUUGUCGACUCCAGGCUUGUUCCGGCAGUGGGUGGAGAGAAAAGCCCGAGCGCAAGCUGCAGGCCGAGGGUUCAGGAAUGGGGGUGCUGGUUUAUCAAGUCGAGACAGGUGGGUGCUGGAUUGGACUGCCGUUCAGAACCAUGGAAUCUUGGCCGAGGAACCCUGGUUGCGACGGUUGAAGCUAAUCGCCGCCUUGGUGGUGUUUUUUGUCAAUGUAGAUAUGAUGGACUGGAAUAUUAUGGUGUGUCUUGCAUGUCGGGUGUUGCACGUAUGCUUUUGGAAUGUGGGCAGGUCGGGAUAGGGUUCAUUUCAUCAUUGGCAUCACGGGACUGGCGAAUUCUUCCUGCCUGUGCAUAG